CAACAAUUGCUUAGCUUUCGACAUGGCGGCGCCAAGAUACGGUGCUAUGAAGUUGUUGCUUUUGCUGCUCAACGCCUGCCGAGGGGCAGGUCUUGAGGUGGUGGCUGACAUCCCGCAGGGUCGCCGCCUGGCGCUGUCCUGCAAGGGGCCUGCGCUGCGCUUGCGGCUUGCCUCCGCCGCGCCUCUGGAGACUCCCAUGCUGGACCCAGGGCUCAGCGGAAGCUGCACAGAGGUGCAGGGCAAGGAGCGUGGCGUGUCCACGGCGGCUGGCUCCUUGACCGUGGACCAGCUGGGCGUUGUGAGGCUCCGCACUCCAGGUGGUGUUAUUAGCUCCAUCCCAGUCCGCAGCGAUCAGAUGAUAGGCUUCUACCAGAAGAAGAGGCUUUUCGGUGGUGGCAGCAGCUCACAAGACAGCCAUGACUUGACGUCGACCAAAGUCAUCCCAAUGGUGGGCAACACGGGUGUCUACACGCCCCACUACUACUCGGAGGAUGGAUAUGCAGCCUUGGCAGUGCUGGAGAAAACGGACAAGAACAAAUACCCGGCCGUUUAUGAGAUGAAAACGUUUGGCAGCAGCCAGCGGGUGUAUUGGUACUUCACUGGCGCUUGGGAUCUCUAUCUUAUGCCAGCACAAACUCUACGAGAAGGGACGCAGGCCUUGUACACCCUCACUGGCCGGCCCCCAGUGCCACCCCGCUAUGCUUUCGGCUUCAUGGCCAGCAGGUGGGGCUGGCAAGAUCGGGUUUACAUUGAAGACACGCUGCAGCAGUUCCGUGAUGGCCAGUUUCCCUUGGAUGCGAUUAUCAUGGACUUUGAGUGGUUCACCAAUGAGACGGACUAUGGCUAUGCACCAGGUGAGGGCCAGCCCUACUACCAGGACUUUGGCUUCCGCGAUGUAUUGUUUCCAGAACCAAAGUACCAGCUGGCCGACUAUCUGCAGCGAUAUCAUGUGCGGGUCGCUGGCAUCCGCAAGCCACGCAUGGGCAACUCCAAGCUGCUGCAGGAGCUUGACGUCAAGCGCUGGCUGACGGAGGACUGCGAGCCCUCCGCAGGGUACCCUCCAUCGUAUCCAGGAUAUGCAUGCGGCAGGCAUGUGAACUUCUCGGAUGCAGCAGUGAGAGAUUGGUACUCUGGGCAAAUGCAACCCUUGAUCAAUGCCGGUAUGGCAUUUUGGUGGAACGAUGAAGGCGAGCAUGACUACUUUGCCUUUCACCACUGGAAUGUAGCUCAAAAGCAGGCGCUUGAAGAAGCGCAUCCGAAAAGGCGAUUCUUCUCCUUGAACCGUGCCUUCUCGCCUGGGAUGGCUCGGCUGGGCGCCGCGGUCUGGACUGGUGACGUCUUGGCCAGCUGGGAUUGGCUGCGCAACACGCCCGGCACGAUGCUGAAAUGGGUGCUCGCUGGGCAUCCGAUGGUUGGCUGUGACUCUGGCGGCUUCGUGGGUGAAACAAGCGGCGAACUUUUGGUUCGCUGGCUGCAGGUGGCUGCAUUCAUGCCCAUCAUGCGUGUGCACUCUGAGCUGAAGGUGAAGCCGCAUUGGCCAUGGCUUUGGGGGAAAGAUGCAGCGAACGCAAUGCGGCAGAUCCUGAACCUGCGCUAUAGAUUGCUGCCGUACCACUACUCCCUGGCACACGCCCAGUAUGAAACAGGCGACUUGUGGAUCAAACCACUGGCUAUGGACUUCCCUGAUGAUCCAGAGGUCAAUAGCUUGACCACGCAGUGGAUGGAUGGCUCCAUUCUGGUAGCGCCUGUCCUCAAUGAGGACUCAUCCCACGAGGUGCAUUUGCCACGGGGACUUUGGUAUCGACUGGACAAGGUGCUUCAGGCAGCGGAUCAAACAGCGAGGAAAUCUUUGAAGGCUGUUGUUGGACGCCGCACAGAGACACGGCCGCAGCUUGUCGCAGAACCCUCGGGCAGCAAAGUUACGCUCUCAUUAGACGAGGUGCCAUGCUAUGUGAGGCCUGGCACCGUUCUGCCGCUAUCAUCAGUAGUUCAACACAGUGAUGACAUUGGCAACACACCUUUGGAGGUCUUCAUAUUUGGGGGUGCCGAUGGCGAGUUCAAGCUGGUGGAAGAUGAUGGUUGGUCGACAAACUACAUGCAAGGUGCCAAGCGAUCCACGCAGCUGACUUGGUCGGAUGCCAGCAAGACCUUGUCCUGGCAGAGCUCCGGGGCCCCACCCGAGCAAGGCUUCACUGCCAUUGCCGCGUACCUGAUCGAUGUGGAGGGCAACAUGACCAAGGCACCGACCAAAAAGCUGAUGGCUGCUGGCACAAUCAGCUUUAAGGCCGUGUCCACGAAUACCAUCUUUCAGUAGCGCUUGAUCCGCCAGCCAAAACGGCGGAUACUUUUGCAAAUACCUGUGCUCCAAAUAAUUCAACGCUUGUCUGGUGCCUUUAGAUGUACCGGAGUCUAGGCAUCAUUGAGAGCAGUCGAGCAUUCUGGUAG